AUGUCUGCCGUCGACGCUCUGACUACCGACAUGGCUGCUGCCACCGUCAACGAAACCGCCAACACCAACGGCACUGCCCCGGCCGCUACUCAGUCCGCCGAUGCUGCGGCUGCCAGCGCCGAUGAGGGCCGUCGUCUGUACAUCGGAAACCUCGCCUAUGCGACCACCGAGGAGGAGCUUAAGGAAUUCUUCAAGAGCUACACCAUCGAGAGCACCUCGAUCCCGGUGAACCCCCGUACUAACCGCCCCGUUGGAUACGCCUUUGUGGAUCUUGCCACUGCCCAUGAGGCUUCCGCCGCCAUUGAGGAACUUUCCGGCAAGGAGAUUCUUUCGCGUAAGGUGUCCGUCCAGUUGGCUCGCAAGCCCGAGCCCGCGGAGGCAAAGGAAGGUGCUGCCAGCGGAGGUGAGGGUGCUAGCGGCAACGAGGGCCGCAAGCGGACCGGUGGCCGUGGUCGUGGCCGUGGUCGCGCUCGUGGCCGUGGCGGUCGCGUUGGACGCGGUCGUGGAGUCCAGGAGGGUCAGGAACCCACCGAGGCUACUGCCACCGAGGAGACUCCUCUGGCCGAGAUUACGAACGAGACUGAGGCCGCUGGAGUGGAGGGCAAGCAGCAGGGCAAGGCCCGUGCCGCCCGCCCUCAGAAGCAGCGUGGCCCCCCCGAGGAUGGCAUUCCUUCCAAGACCAAGGUCAUGGUCGCUAACUUGCCCUACGACUUGACCGAGGACAAGCUGAAGGAGAUCUUUGCCGAUUACAACCCCGUCUCCGCCAAGGUCGCUCUGCGUCCCAUUCCCCGUUUCAUGAUCAAGAAGCUCCAGGCCCGCAACGAGCGCCGCAAGACUCGCGGUUUCGGUUUCGUUAACCUGGCCACCGAGGAGCUCCAAGCCAAGGCCGUCAGCGAGAUGAACGGCAAGGAUAUUGAUGGCCGCACUAUUGCUGUCAAGGUCGCCAUUGACAGCCCCGGCAAGGAGGAUGAUGUUAAUGCUGCUGCCGAUCAGUACGAGGAGACCGCUGCUCCUGCUGAGGAGAACACCGCCCCCGCUGCCCCCACCGAGGCCUAA